GUAAAAUCCUUAUAUGUGCUAAUGGCAAGAUGUCGCUCUUACCUGUCGUAACCCGAGCUGGACGCUGUCUUUCGACUGUAAACCACGUUCACAAGCUUUCAAGAUGUACCACACCCGCACUUUGGAGGGGCCAGAGGCGGCACAUGUCACAGUCUGAAGCUGUAGAGGAACAGGACUUGGUAGUCAUUGGGUCUGGACCAGGGGGCUAUGUAGCAGCUAUCAAGGCUGCACAACUAGGACUAAAGACGACAUGUGUUGAGAAGAAUGAUACCUUAGGAGGUACCUGCCUCAAUGUAGGUUGCAUCCCAUCCAAGGCUCUUCUUAAUAACUCCCAUCUCUACCACAUGGCUGCAUCCAAGGACUUCAAGAACAGAGGCAUUGAUGUUGGUGAAGUAAAGCUGAAUUUGCCUCAGAUGAUGGGACAGAAAUCCGAUGCAGUCAAAGCACUAACGAAUGGUAUUGGGCAUCUCUUCAAACAAAACUCAGUAACCAGGAUUCAGGGACAUGGUAAAAUCACUGGACCUAAUGAGGUCGCUGUACUCCAUCCCGAUGGUAAAAUCAAAGAAGUCGUCAAGACUAAGAACAUCCUCAUAGCAACAGGGUCAGAGGUCAUGCCAUUCCCCGGAGUUGAGGUUGAUGAGAAGUCUGUGGUGUCAUCAACGGGAGCCUUAUCUCUUGAGAGAGUCCCUGAUCACAUGGUUCUCAUUGGAGGAGGUGUUAUCGGCUUAGAACUGGGGUCUGUAUGGCAACGUCUUGGAGCCAAAGUCACAGCCGUUGAGUUCUUGGGUCACAUAGGUGGUGUCGGUAUCGAUAUGGAAAUGGCAAAGAACUUCCAGAGAAUUCUCACCAAGCAAGGGAUCAAGUUCAAGCUAAACACCAAGGUGACAGGUGCUACCAGGUCGGGAGACGAGAUCAGCGUGUCUGUAGAAUCGGUUAAAGAUCCCAACAAGAAAGAAGAACUGCAGUGUGACACGCUGCUCGUCUGCAUCGGACGCAGGCCCUACACAAAUAACCUAGGCUUAGAGGAGCUUGGAAUUUCCCUGGAUGAGAGAGGGAGGAUACCUGUAGACAGUCGCUUUGCAACGUCUGUACCAAACGUGUUCGCCAUCGGAGAUUGCAUUCAUGGGCCCAUGCUGGCACACAAGGCUGAGGACGAAGGUAUCAUCGCUGUAGAAGGAAUGGCUGGUGGGCCUGUUCACAUUGACUAUAACUGUGUUCCCUCAGUGAUCUACACACAUCCCGAGGUAGCAUGGGUAGGCAAGACAGAGGAACAGCUGAAGGAAGAAGGAAUCAAGUACAAAGUGGGAAAGUUCCCCUUUGCAGCCAACAGCAGGGCUAAGACCAAUGCCGAUACCGAUGGUUUAGUGAAGAUGUUGAGUGAUGCAGCUACCGAUAGAAUUCUUGGAGCACACAUCAUUGGGUCAGGAGCCGGAGAAAUGAUCAACGAAGCCGCAUUAGCAAUGGAAUAUGGAGCUUCCUGCGAAGAUGUAGCCAGAGUUUGCCAUGCACAUCCGACCGUAUCCGAAGCAUUCAGAGAAGCCAACAUGGCAGCGUACAUCGGGAAAGCUAUCAACUUUUAAUAAUGCCCUUCAUCGGAAUACAAUUUGAAUAGAUCCUCUCUGCUUAUCUUGAUUCUAUUUGUAAAGUUUUAACUAUUUGCUGCCCUGCAAGUAACCACAGUGGUUGUGGGGAAGAUAGGUAUAUUGUAUGUGUUGUGCGAUAGUUAUUUAUAUACUUUCAGAUAAGUAUUACUCUCUGAACUCUGCUUCGGAAGCAUGGCCCAUAUAUGUAGAGCCUCAAAGUAUUCUAUAAGAAUCUGGCAUUUUUACCUUUUAAGUGACUAACCCUGACCAUGGUAUGGGGUGUCAUUUGGAGCAGACCUCAGUUGUAUUUUUUGAAAUGCAUAGCAUGUAAAUAAUACAGAUAGAUUUAAAUAUAUUAACACUCCUGUAUUGAUGCUAAUGAAAUGUUUUCCAAGGACAGUUCAUAUUCGUUCACUGUGCUGGUUAAUGGUUCUAAACAAUGAAUCUUUCACAUAAGGUGCAUGGCAGAACCAUUUUAAUUAAUCGGUAAUUUCAUAAAGGCUUGUUAUAAUAAUAUAUGCAUAGUUUUUCUAACAAGUUUAUGAUCAGCCAAUUAAAUCAAAGGAUUUGGGUAUACAGUUAUGUAAAGUAAAAUUUAUGACAACAGGUUUAAUGAAACUGGCCCCCAAAUCGUGGUAGUUUGUCGUUCAAUGGUGAAUUCAGUGGUUCUUUUGGGGUUUAUUUAUUGGAUGAGAAUUACUGUUUCUAUGGUAACUGUGGAUGUCAGCAUGUCAGUGUUGAAAACCUUCAUGAAACAAUGACAAGGGCCUUGUAUCACAAACCUUAAUGCUUGAUCCUAUGACGGAUCUUUAUUCAUGACUACAUUGAUCAUUAUGUGCAAUCAAGCAUACAAAUUAUCUGUAUCAUCCAUUGCAAAGCUUUGUGUGACUUGGUCCCUGAUGUUUUGUCAUGGACACAGUCUUUAGGAAACCCCCCAUCUAAGACAGACUGCACGAUAUCACAUGAAUUGGCAAUAUGAAUGUCACGCAUGAACAGAGCUUUUAAAGCCUGAAGUUCUUUUGUUAUAUUUUCAUCAUUUUUUUUCUGUGUACCAGGGGUGUGAGAGUUCAGAUUUUUAUCUGAUUUCAGAUUUU